AUGUUUGAGAUAUCAUUAUGUAUUCUGUAUUUGUACGAUUCCUUGCGCCGCUGUUGCGGAGAGGGUUUUCGCCACGGUUCUAGUAAAGUAAGUUUAAAAAUCAUUUCACUUUGCGGUUGGGAUUUUCCUGCAAAUUGGCCAGAACACUUCUUGACGUACCAGAAGAAGGUUCUGGAAGUUUCAACCGGCACAACUUCCUAGUUUUCGAGAAUUAGGCGCUCAAAGCCUCAAAAUGGCGAAUUUUAAGAGAAGGCGCUGCCACUUUUCGAAGACUAGGCGCUGCCAAUUUUACGAAACCUGGCCGCUGCCCUUUUCGAAGACUAGGCGCUGCCAAUUUUCGAAACCUGGGCGCUGCCAAAUUUCGAAGACUAGGCGCUGCCAUUUUUCGAAGACUGGGCGCUGCCACUUUUCGAAGACUAGGCGCUGCCAAUUUUUGAAGACUAGUAGCUGCCACUUCUCGAAGACUAGGCGCUGCCACUUUUCGAAACCUGGGCGCUGCCAAUUUUUCGAAGACUAGGCGCUGCCAAUUUUCGAAACCUGGGCGCUGCCAAUUUUUCGAAGACUAGGCGCUGCCGCUUUUCGAAACCUGGGCGCUGCCAAUUUUUCGAAGACUGGGCGCUGCCAAUUUUUCGAAGACUAGGCGCUGCCAAUUUUUCGAAACCUGGGCGCUGCCAAAUUUCGAAGACUGGGCGCUGCCCUUUUCGAAGACUAGGCGCUGCCAAUUUUUCGAAACCUGGGCGCUGCCAAAUUUCGAAGACUAGGCGCUGCCAUUUUUCGAAGACUAGGCGCUGCCGCUUUUCGAAACCUGGGCGCUGCCAAUUUUUCGAAGACUGGGCGCUGCCAACUUUUCGAAGACUAGGCGCUGCCAAUUUUUCGAAACCUGGCCGCUGCCCUUUUCGAAGACUAGGCGCUGCCAAUUUUUCGAAACCUGGCCGCUGCCCUUUUCGAAGACUAGGCGCUGCCAAUUUUCGAGUCCUGGGCGCUGCCCUUUUCGAAGACUAGGCGCUGCCAAUUUUUCGAAACCUGGCCGCUGCCCUUUUCGAAGACUAGGCGCUGCCAAUUUUCGAGUCCUGGGCGCUGCCAAAUUUCGAAGACUAGGCGCUGCCAAUUUUCGAAACCUGGGCGCUGCCAAAUUUCGAAGACUAGGCGCUGCCAUUUUUCGAAGACUGGGCGCUGCCACUUUUCGAAACCUGGGCGCUGCCAAUUUUCGAAACCUGGGCGCUGCCAAUUUUCGAAGACUAGGCGCUGCCAUUUUUCGAAGACUGGGCGCUGCCACUUUUCGAAACCUGGGCGCUGCCAAUUUUCGAAACCUGGGCGCUGCCAAUUUUCGAAGACUAGGCGCUGCCAAUUUUCGAAACCUGGGCGCUGCCAUUUUUUGAUUGAGCCUGGGAUCCCUUCAGAGACCGCUUAGAGAGCUGCCAAAUUUAGAAAUGUCUUGAAAAUCUGCCGAUUUCAAAAAUCUUGAACAAAAUGAAUAUUUGCAGAACCUAUGAACGGAAACCUCGACGUUGGAUAUUCUGGCUUAUUUUCUCGUUUUGUAAUCUAUUAUCGGGACUGAUGUCCGGCGUUACAGUAUUUUUCGGAUUGACUUUCUUUUUUGCGGCUUUUUAUAUACUUUCUGUCAUGAUAAUUGCUAUCGGGGUGAAUAUUACGUGAAAAUUAUUCGAAAAAUUCGUAAUCAAGUGAUUUUCUUGAGUUGCUUAUGUGGUUUUCUCAACCAAAUUAUUUCUAUGAUAACCCGAAAAGUCUAAAUUUUAAAGGUAUACGCCUACCUGAGCAGAUACAACUAUAAUCGGCUAGUGACACUGUCGAGAAACCACAGAAAAGUCGGCUACACGUUGAGUAUCCGCUACCAACUUCGGGAGAACGUCAAGACUUUAAUGGUCAGCUCUGAAACUUCUUCCUCAGAUUUUAAAAAAUGAUUAUAGUUGAUGAGAAACCUAUUCUACACUUCUAUGACCGUUAUGCUCAUUUUAACGGCAGCAAAUCUUCUUUUGAGAUUUGAAAAAUAUCAGACCGAUCGCACCCGUCAAAUUGUCGACAUUUUCUAUCAUUCGUUAGUUUUCAAACGUGCCUAAGCGCGCGAGUAGCUUUUGGUCGGGUGCAGGAAGCAGCUGCUUCUCAGUCUCUCCAUCUGCUGUCAAAUUCAAAAAAAAAACCAAAGAACAAGCUAAAAAAGUCUUUUUUCAGGAACCCUCUAACGAUCGUCUCCGCCGCCGUGCUCACUGUCGGCUGCUACAGAAAGCAGUUCAUCGGGGAAGUUCGAAAAUUCUGCGGACUUCGGGCGGCCAACGGCAACGUCGUCUACUUUGAGAACACCAAGGAGAUGCAGAAAAAGGCCGACGGCGACGUUUAUUUUGAACAGCUCAAGAAGGCGCUCAACGAGAAUAUCAAAAUAGCUGUGAAAAAAUGA